GCCCAGCCUGUCAGAGCCGAGGCUUGCCGUCUGUGUCCUUGCGUGCGUCCGUCUGUCUGUCUGUGUGCCUGUCUGUGGAGGACUGGUUUCCCCGAGUGGAAGAGACUGAAGACUGAAAUCCAGAGGAAGAGAGGUGUGUAACCGCAGCUCAAAGAAAAUGAACGGCACACUAGAUCACCCGGACCAACCUGACCUCGACGCCAUCAAGAUGUUCGUAGGCCAGGUUCCACGGAGCUGGUCUGAGAAGGAUCUGAGGGAACUCUUCGAACAGUAUGGUGCUGUCUAUGAAAUCAAUGUCCUGCGCGACAGGAGCCAAAACCCUCCUCAGAGCAAAGGGUGCUGUUUUGUUACAUUUUACACCCGUAAAGCUGCACUAGAAGCACAGAAUGCUCUUCACAAUAUGAAGGUCCUUCCAGGGAUGCAUCAUCCCAUACAGAUGAAACCAGCCGACAGCGAGAAGAACAAUGCAGUGGAAGACAGGAAGCUGUUUAUUGGUAUGAUUUCCAAGAAGUGCAAUGAAAACGACAUCCGAGUCAUGUUCUCUUCCUUCGGCCAGAUAGAAGAAUGCAGAAUAUUACGAGGUCCCGAUGGCCUGAGCAGAGGCUGUGCGUUUGUGACAUUUACAUCGCGAUCCAUGGCCCAGACGGCUAUCAAGGCAAUGCAUCAAGCUCAGACUAUGGAGGGCUGCUCGUCCCCCAUUGUGGUGAAAUUUGCCGACACCCAGAAGGACAAAGAACAAAAGAGAAUGGCCCAGCAGCUCCAGCAACAGAUGCAGCAGAUCAGUGCCGCGUCCGUGUGGGGAAACCUGGCCGGACUGAACACGCUUGGACCCCAGUAUUUAGCACUUUAUUUGCAGCUCCUUCAGCAGACUGCGUCCUCUGGGAACCUCAACACCUUGAGCAACCUCCACCCAAUGGGAGGAUUGAAUGCCAUGCAGUUGCAGAACCUGGCUGCGUUAGCUGCCGCAGCCAGCGCAGCCCAGAACACACCGAGUGGUACCAAUGCUCUCACUACAUCCAGCAGCCCCCUCAGUGUCCUCACCAGUUCCGCAGGGUCCUCACCCAGCUCCAGCAGCAGCAACUCCGUCAACCCAAUAGCCUCCCUCGGAGCAUUACAGACGCUGGCUGGGGCGACCGCCGGCCUCAAUGUCGGCUCUUUAGCAGGGAUGGCUGCCUUGAAUGGCGGCCUGGGCAGCGGUGGCCUCUCAAACGGCACCGGCAGUACGAUGGAGGCCCUCACUCAGGCCUACUCGGGGAUCCAGCAGUACGCUGCCGCCGCGCUGCCCACGCUCUAUAACCAGAGCCUGUUGACACAGCAGAGCAUCGGGGCCGCAGGAAGUCAGAAGGAAGGUCCAGAAGGAGCCAACCUUUUCAUCUACCACUUACCCCAAGAGUUUGGAGACCAGGACUUGCUGCAGAUGUUCAUGCCUUUUGGAAACGUCGUCUCGGCUAAGGUUUUCAUCGACAAGCAAACCAACCUGAGCAAGUGUUUUGGCUUUGUAAGUUACGACAAUCCCGUUUCAGCACAAGCUGCCAUCCAAUCAAUGAACGGCUUUCAGAUUGGCAUGAAACGACUCAAAGUGCAGCUCAAGCGUUCGAAGAACGACAGCAAGCCCUACUGAACGUGCUCCCCUCUGGGACUGGGAGGAGGGUCUUCUGAUUCCUGCCGUUUGUUCAUCGUUGUGCCUAAAGCAUGUCGAUGUGGCGUCAAGUACAUCGUCCAAAUCCUUGUCUCUUCAGCUUCUCUGAUGCUUGAACUCUCACCUUUGACCUUGUGUUGACCUUUGAUGCUGACGUGUAUUUUUUAUUAUGUUUGUUCCUUCCUUUGUUUUUUUUUUUUUUUUUCUUUAAUUUUUUUUUGUGCUGCCAAAUUGGUUUUGCUAGAACGACUGCUGAAGGGGAAAUAUUUAAACUUGCAUUUGAAUAUAAAAAAAAAUCUAUUUUUCUAGAACUUCAUAAGAUAACCACUUGAUUUUGUGAUUCCAAUUCUUUGUAAUUGUCUUCAGAGCAGCCCUACUAGCACAUGCCUUGUGGUGUUUGUAUUUCUGUGAACACACAGCCAGUCCGUUUCUAGGCUUUGUUUUUCUGUGUGCUUAGUUUUAAAACAGAACUUUGAAGUAAACAAUUAAAUAAAAGUUGUGACUAAA